GCAUAGGCUAGUUCUGUGUUAUUCCUGGCAUGGCGCUGGAAUUGGGUCAAGCUGAAACGGGGGCCGUAACCAGCUGAGGGACAGCAACAGUCCGUCUAUCUUCAGUAGCAUCCAUGAUUCAUCAUCAUCAUCUCGCACUAGAAUCCCUACGGCCUUCUUUCCAGCUCAGCGACUACAUGGGGCCUUGGCCAAGGUAGCUCAUGAUUCGUUAGACCCAUCGUUUAUCUAGCUCUCAUAAUAUCAUAUCCAUCGUACGCUUUCAGCCUCGCCCAAUCCUUCAUCUCUCGCUUGUCAAUGUGGCUUGACCGUGGCCGUAAGCUUCACCUCAUACCUUGAGAUCGCCUUCAACUCUGGAAUGGCCGGCAUAACUACCAAAACGCGUGGAUGCGCUACGUGCAGAGGGAGAAGAAUAAAGUGUGACUUACAGAAGCCUUCGUGCAACAACUGUGUUCGCAGCGGCCGAACAUGUCAAGGCUACGAAAGGCACGAUGUCUUUGUCAAUCGCACCGCUGCCGGCAUGCAAAAGCGUCGACGAUUGGAAGAAGUCAAGGAUCAGCGCCUCGAAGAGAUCAAGAAUGCUCUGGUUUCCGGCGCUUUCAGUCAGGCUAUGGUCGCUCCAGCUCCCAGUCCCGACGACCACGUGCACUGGUUCUAUAGACAUUUCGUCAUAUCCCGGACCGACCCUCGUUUAACUCAAUUCAUGAGUCCAGUCAUGCAGAUCACAACACCUGGUCCUCUACUCACGUCUUCGCUGCGCGCCCUCUCCAUCAUGAAGUUCGGAAGAGCCAUCCAUGACAUCGCUGCCGAACAGCAGGGUCAGAAGCUCUAUGGCCGUUCUCUAGGCAAGCUACGCUUGGCCUUGACCGAUGCCACAGCCAGUAAAAGUGAUGAGACCCUAGCUUGUGCUGUUGUACUUGGCCUAUUCGAGCUCCUAAAUGUCCACCCGAAGUACCAAAGUGGGGGAUGGUUCAAGCAUAUGGUAGGCUUGGGGAGACUCAUAGAGCAUCGCGGCCCAAAGCAAAGUCAGAGUCCUGUGUGUCUCGCUAUUUUCGAGGUUUGCCGGAACGUACUAGUGGAUGACACGCUGUCUCCUAGAUCGCAACAGUUCGGUUUUUGCCCGUCCAGAAUGGUUAUCAGUGCCAUGGCAAGGAAGAACAAAAACACGAGACGAAAAGAUAUGCGACUUCGCCUUCCGCGCUGCUUAUUUAAUUGACCAAAGUGAUCAAGUUCUACCUGGCCCCGAGAUCCUUGACGUGGAUCUCGACAAUCUAAUUCGGGACUUUACUACUCUCUUCCAAGAUGUCCAAAACAUGCACCACGAUUGCCCUUGUUCGAACUUUGAGCAGCCACAUGGUCCAAAGCAACUCGGGGGACCCGUCGAACCACCAAUGAACACCUGGAGCCGUGCCCAAUGCUCCUUAGCUAUGGGCGUUCAACUAGCUUGCUGCAUCAUGACUGACACGCCGUAUCAGAUGCUGUUGGAAAGAGGCGAUUUC